GCUGCGUGCGGCGCUCCCCGCCGGGCUCUGGGGCCGCCUGGCCCCGCUGCCGGGCGCUCCCCGCCGGACCGCCGCGCACUUCUCUUUCCAGCCGGACCCGGCGCCCAGCGAGUACGGGCAAACUCAGAAGAUGAAUCUCUUCCAAUCCAUAACAAGUGCCUUGGACAAUGUUUUAGCCAAAGAUCCAACUGCAGUUAUAUUUGGUGAAGACGUGGCCUUUGGUGGAGUCUUCAGAUGUACCGUUGGCUUGCGAGACAAGUAUGGUAAAGACAGAGUUUUCAACACCCCUUUAUGUGAACAAGGAAUUGUUGGCUUUGGUAUUGGAAUUGCUGUUACAGGUGCUACAGCCAUUGCAGAAAUUCAAUUUGCAGAUUACAUUUUUCCAGCAUUUGAUCAGAUUGUUAAUGAAGCAGCCAAAUAUCGAUACCGCUCUGGAGAUCUGUUCAAUUGUGGAAGCCUCACCAUUAGAGCACCGUGGGGCUGUGUGGGUCAUGGUGGAUUAUAUCACUCUCAAAGUCCAGAAGCCUUUUUUGCUCACUGUCCAGGAAUAAAGAUUGUUAUUCCAAGGAGUCCUCUGCAGGCCAAAGGAUUGCUGCUGUCAUGCAUAGAGGAAAAAAAUCCAUGCAUAUUCUUUGAACCUAAAAUACUUUACAGAGCUGCAGUGGAACAAGUUCCUGUAGAGCCCUACAACAUUCCACUGUCUCAAGCUGAGGUGCUGCAGACAGGCAAUGAUGUGACAAUGGUUGCUUGGGGCACUCAGGUACAUGUGAUUAAAGAGGUGGCAGCAAUGGCUCAAGAAAAGCUUGGUGUGUCCUGUGAAGUUAUUGAUCUGAGAACCAUCUUACCAUGGGAUACAGAGACUGUUUGCAAGUCGGUGGCAAAGACUGGGCGAUUGCUGAUUAGCCAUGAGGCUCCCCUGACAGGAGGAUUUGCAUCUGAAAUCAGUUCCACAGUUCAGGAGGAAUGCUUUUUGAAUUUAGAAGCUCCUAUUGCAAGAGUAUGUGGCUAUGACACUCCCUUCCCUCACAUCUUUGAGCCUUUCUACAUCCCAGACAAAUGGAAAUGCUAUGAUGCUCUUAGAAGAAUGAUUAACUACUGAGCAAUAGUACAGAAAGGAGAAGAACAACAGGGAAAUACAGAAGCUGCCUUCAAAACUCUUGACAUUUAAUCAGAUCUUUUGAGUUUGGAAUUUACAUAGCAGACUUUUCUUUUAACUCAGCUAUCCUAAAUGUUCAUCUUGGCUAUUCUUCAGCAAGUUCAAAUUUUCCUUAUUAUUAAAUCAGUGAUGGGCAGGUGAUUGUUACAGUAAGUACUUUCAGAUGUAUUCAAAGAUAUUCCAGAUGUUGAAUGAAAAUUGCACAUUGCCGUGCUUCACUAGGCUACAUCUAGACUUCACUGUGUAAAUAUUAGAAGCAGAAUUUUAUUCAAUAAAACAUGUUAUGCUCA